GCCCUCUCAGCUCCCUGCGGACCGAGUUCCGGUUUGCUCUUGUGGCCUGGGAGCCCAGCCCGAGGACGGCGGAAGCCGCACUUCCGGCGGCUCAUUACUCGUCCUUCCUUCCAGCCCCCCUCGACAGCGCUUCCCUCCCUCGGAACGCGACAGGGCCCUCAGCAGGUGCGGACGCUGACGAGGCGGACGCCGGCGGGCCUAGGUCUCGCGCGCGUGUUGCUGGGUAACGGGCCUUCUCCUGCAGCAGUUCGGCAAUUCCUGCUUCGGCUUGUCUCUCCUUCCAGAACCUCCCGAGCCCUAGACGACGGGCCGGGCUGCGCCGCUUGCGGCGCAGCCGAGGCUAAAGAAAUGGGAAUUCCUCCGCGGCGUUCCCGGAGCGGCUGCCUUCUCUGGGGAAGCGGCAGUGCCUUCGAGGAAACCGGAAGCCCAUGGUGACCCCUGGCGACCCGGUUUGUUUUCCGUCCGUUUCCAAACAUUGGGGAAUCGAAACUCAGCGGCCCAGGGGGCGGCCCUACGUAACCUGUCUUCGGGUGUUUUUCAGGAACAUAACUUUCAGAUGAGGAAGUAAUGCUGAACCUAACAACAAAAGUAGAUGUACAGUACAACUGUCAUGGAUGCACUGGUAGAAGAUGAUAUCUGCAUUCUGAAUCAUGAAAAAGCACAUAGGAGAGACACAGUGACUCCAAUCUCAAUAUAUUCAGGAGAUGAGUCUGUUGCUUCACAUUUUGCCCUUGUCACUGCAUAUGAAGACAUCAAAAAACGACUUAAGGAUUCAGAGAAAGAGAACUCAUUCUUAAAGAAAAGAAUAAGAUUUUUGGAAGAAAAGCUUAUAGGAGCUCGAUUAGAUGAAGAAACAAAUUCUGUGGGACGUGAACAAGUAAAUAAGGCCUAUCAUGCAUAUCGAGAGGUUUGCAUUGAUAGAGAUAAUUUGAAAAGCAAAUUGGAUAAAAUGAAUAAAGACAACUCUGAAUCUUUGAAAAUGUUGAAUGAACAGCUACAAUCUAAAGAAGUAGAACUGCUCCAGCUAAGGACAGAGGUGGAGACUCAGCAGGUGAUAAGGAAUUUAAAUCCACCUUCAUCAAACUGGGAGGUGGAAAAGUUGAGCUGUGACCUGAAGAUCCAUGGUUUGGAACAAGAGCUGGAACUGAUGAGGAAAGAAUGUAAUGACCUCAAAAUACAGCUACAAAAAGCCAAACAAAUGGAUCCAUCUCAGGAAGACAAUCUGAAGAGCAGUGAUCUCCAAAGACUGAGCAUUUCAAGUGAUAAUAUGCAAAAUGCAUACUGGGAACUGAAGAGAGAAAUGUCUAAUUUACAUUUGGUGACUCAAGUACAAGCUGAACUACUAAGAAAACUGAAAACCCCAACUACAAUCAAGAAAGCCUGUGCCCCAGUAGGAUGCAUGGAAGACCUUGGGAAAGACAGCACAAAACUGCACUUGGCGAAUUUUACUGCAACAUACAAAAGACAUUCCCCUCUCUCACCGAAUGGCAAAAGUGUUUGCCAUACCACAUCUUCCCCUUUACCAGGAGAUAUAAAGGUUUUAUCAGAGAAAGCAAUUCUCCAAUCAUGGACAGAUAAUGAGCGAUCCAUUCUUCAUGAUGGUCCUAACUUUCAGGAACACAGCUCUUAUGGCAGAAAUUCUCUGGAAGAUAAUUCUUGGGUAUUCCCAAGCCCUCCUAAAUCAAGUGAGACAGCAUUUGGGGAAACUAAAAAUAAAACUUUGCCUUUACCCAACCUGCCACCACUGCAUUACUUGGAUCAACAUAAUCAAAACUGUCUUUUUAAGAAUUAAUUCUGAAGAGAUUAAUGAUUUGGUCAUGAGGUUAUUGUAUCUCCCUCAGUGGCACUCUCAAGAAGUUAUUUAACAAACUGAAAGCAGAUUUCAAUUAAACUUUGCAGAGUUCUUCGGUAUAUACGUUUGCACAUACUGUUCCACAUUAUGUAGUUGAUUUCCCAGUAUGAAAGAGCACCGUCCAGCUCCACGUUCCGGCUAAGAAUCAGACAUAUGCUGCUUACUAAUAAAUAAACAAGUUGUUUUAAAGAGACAAUUUUACCUUUGAUAGUAAUUGUAAAUAACAGCUUCACAUAAAGAAUGGAAUUAAAAUUUCUUGGACAUGGUUUUAUAAAGCAUGUGAAAUGCGUAAAUAUCCAUUCGUAAAAAUAAGAGGCCAUUAAUAUGAGACAAAUUAUAAGUUGCUUUAAGUUGCAAAAAAGAGCAAAUGGCAAAAUGAGUAAGUUAUGUUUCUGCUGACCUUCUACUGAAUAAAGACAAAAAGUGUUAUGGUUAAAUAAUAGCAUCUCUUAUAGGUUAUUCCAUCUCCAUAUGCUAUUGUGUUUUCAAAGUUUAAGACUUUUUAAAUCACAGUGUUAAGACUUGAAAUAACCUGAUCAUUGAAGCCAACUUUGUCCUCAAAUCCUAACUGAAAAGUGAAAAUGUGUGUGAACUAUUGCAAUUCUAUAGUAUUCAAUGAGAAGUAGAAAGAGCACCACAAAGGUUUUAGUCUAAAUCUGUGCCAUCAGUGGUCCAUAAUGAAAAUCUAAGUAUGUAACUGGAUAAAGUCAUUUUCAUCAGGGUCUGUACCUGCUAGUUAUGUAGAGCAAUUUAUAAAUUGUUAGUUUAUUUGAAAUGUAACAUUUUACUCAUUGAGAUAGUGAUUUUUCCUUAACCAAAUUAGGAACUGUAAUUCUAUAAACCAAAUUCUGUGUUGUUUUGAUAUAGUACAAUCAUGAAAUGUCCCCAGACUUUUUGAUUCUAAGUGGCCUAUCAUUUAUAAACAAGCAUAUAACAAGGAUGGCUUCACACAGAAAUCUAUCUAAAUUCUUACAGGGUGGUGGAAUUAACAUAUUAGUAAUAUAAUGUAUUAGUUGGCUUAUACAUCUUUUGCCUGAGAUAAAGUGUUUCAUGUAGGAGGCCUUUAUCCUUUUUUAGUUUUAAAUAUCUUGAACUCAAAAGAGUAUCUCCGAUCUCUAAUAUAUUAACUGAAUAGCAUACAUACAUAAACAAUGUUCACCGUUCACCAGAUAUUUUUGUCUUUCUAUUAUCUUACUCACUUAUUCAGGCUUGUCUGUGAUUAAUGGAAUUGGUGUCAGAUGCUGGAAUUUAUUCUGACCAAUGAACACAGCUGACUCCAGGGAGUACAAUCUCCUGCCAAGUAAUAGAACAAAACCCAAUAUGCAUAAAACAAAUACAAGACUCCAGGCUUUAGCUAAAGGAAGCAACUACCUGUGUAAUAACAAAGCAGCAGAAACUAUUUCUCAUGUGGCUGCAUAGACUAUAUUCUAUCUAAUCUCUAAUGUAGCUUUGGUUUGUCUUUUUUUAAACCAAGGUUGGAAACUUACCUUUGUAAAGUAGUAGUAUGAGAUAAUGGCUUGAUUAAUGUUUUGAACAAUGCCAAGAAAUUAAUUAAAAUAAAUUAUUUUUGUUUGAAAUUGAA